UAAAAAUUGAGAAAUCGAACCCAAAUUUACUAAAGUUUUCCCUCCUCUGUAUGUUGCUGACGAAUCAAACACGUCGACCUCCAAUAUUUUUUUUUUUUAAUUUCCUUCAAAGCUUCGAUUUUGACCUUCUGGGUUAAUCACGGAAGAGUUUCCUUUUUGGGUAGCCGCCGCAAUUUUUCCCGGCAGAGGAAAAAAAACCCCUAGAAUCUGGGAAAUUGACGACGAAGAGGGAUAUAGGUUUGGAAAUUUUGGGUAUUUAAUUUGAUUUUUCUUUUUCUCGUUCCAUUCAGAUUCAAAAACAAAAACCCUAACCCUAAAAUUCGUGUUCGAUUAAUUUCGUUGUCUCUGUUUUGUUUUCUCUUCGUGUAAACCUUUUUUUUUCGAGUUUUGGCACUCUGAGCUAUUUGAGUAUUACAGAUUAAGCUUCGUCCUGUCUUAUUGGAGCAACAUACAUAUAUAUAUAUAUAUAUAUAGAUAUCUAUCAUCUGUAUUUAUAGGCACACUUGUAAGUAGAAUAGUGAGGAAGAAGGUAAUAUGAGUAGGCUCUCUUUCCGGCCACGGCCAUUAGACAUUCAUAAGAAGCUUCCCAUUUUAAAAUCCUUUAAAGACUUUGAAGAUGAUGAGACUCCAACUUCUACCACUAGAAAUUCUCAGUUGCUGCGUAUUGCUUCCGUAGAAGUUGACAAUGAGGUGGCUCCAGUGCCAAGUAAGAAACCGGCUUCAGAAAUACCAACACCUCAAUUUGUUAUUGUGGAUACAUAUGAAAGGGAUUAUUCUCCGACUUUUGGUCAGCCUGCUUCUUAUCUACGUGCAAGAGGAGCUCGGUCUGAGCUUGGAGAAUUUGUGGAGUAUGAUCUUGACAAUGAGGAUGAAGACUGGCUUUAUGAGUUUGAUAAGGAUAAGAAAGAACUUCCACCUGAAAAGCUUGAGAUCAUCAUUUUUAAACUAGAGGUGUUGGAUCACAAGACGCGGGAAAGAGCAGGAGUUAUUACACCUACUCUCGGCUCUCCAGUUCCUGUGCUUUUGCAGUUUGAUGCUGCUUCUGAUGUGCUGCAAGUACUGUCCAUUAAUUAUGGAACCUUCCAGGCGAUCUUCAACUACUGGAAAGAAAAGCGUAAAAGAUGGCAGAAGCCUAUCUUACGGCGUUUACAGCCUCCCCCACCGGUUAAUGACACCAAUCCCUAUAAUGUGUUUAGGCCAAGGGAGAAAGUUCACAGACUCCACACAAGAAGGAUGCAGAGGAGAGAAAACAAUGUGCAGUCAUUUGAAAAGCUUCGACAGGUUAGACGCAAUCUAGGCCAAGCACAGAGCAUUCUGGAGGCUCUCAUUAAGAGAGAAGAGAAGAAGAGGGAUGUCAUGGACAGUGAGGUUAGCCUUCAGAGAAUCCAACUCCAAUACAGGCAUGAAACAGAGCUCUUGGAAGAUAGCUUGGCUAUGCCUGGAUUUCAACCCACUACAACAUCAUACAAAUUUGGCUCAAGCGAUGAUGAACUGAUGGACUCUGAUGAUCACACCAGUACUCGUGUACGUACAAGACCUGCGGUUAUUCCUAGUUCUCGUUUCACCAACUUAAAUCUGAAUGCAUCUCAUCCCGGAGGCAUCAAACAAGAAGUUAGAAGACGACAGUCACAGCAUGGAUGGCUUCACAGACUGGAUCCUAAUGAACCGGUAAUGCUAUUCACAAAACCGCUGGUUCCCGAUAAACUGGCAGCUGCAGGGAUUGUUCCUCCAACACCGGAUUCAUCACCAGGUCAACCUCCAAGUCGGUUUCAGGGGAGGAUUGGGCGUGGUGGCCGAAUUAUUUUCGAUAGAUGGAAUCCGUUGAUGCAAUCUCACAUUAAUUGUGGAAACUCUUAUUACAUUGCUCCAAAUCACCGGUCUACCAACUUCGAUUGAGAUAUUUUCACAAUCUUGCUUUGUAAAGAAUUUUCCAUCACCAAUGGUGUAUGCAAUAACGAUUCUCAGCUAAAUAAGUUUUAGCACUUUGUAACUAACUGGUUAUUGUGUGUAUUUCUGUUUAUUUUCGGUUAAGGAAAGAAUCUGUUUAAUUCAAAAUCCGGUUCUAUCGGCGGUUUGGAAAACCAAAAACUAUUGUACCAGGGACCAAAUUGUAAUAAUAUCUUCAACUCAAAGG